AUGCGCAAAGAGGGCGACGUGGAAGUCAGAGCCGCUUCCUGCGUUCCAGUCACCGAAGAGGUCAUCGCCGCUAUGGCUCACGGCUCGAGCCCGACCAUCUCACUUCCUCCUGGCCCCACUCCGACUCUCGGGAGUGAACGUUUCAACCGAUAUGUAACAGAGGGUGAUCGACAAAAAGAUGGUUCUGUUGAGAUCCGUCCACCAGGUGGUGCCUUCAAGAAAGUGCACGUAAUAGUGAUUCACCCAGUUUAUCACCAUGAAGGGGCGCAAGCUCCAGCCUUCCUUCCUUAUGCCUUCGUUGGCCGCGUCAUGGAUCACGAAGAGUUGAUACGAGAAAUGCCGCAACUGGAAAAAGUCCCAGUGCAGGAGCGACUGAAAUUGGCCCGAAAGAGAAGGGUCAUGCAAUUGGACAAGUGGAAGCAACGAGAAAGGGAAUUCCAGAAGAAGGAGAAAGCCCGUAUGAACGGAAUGACUCGACGUUCCAGUCACAAGGUGCAGUUUCAUCCGUGUGUUAUGCUUCAAGAAGCCGCCGCCAGAGGCGAUAUCGACGAAGUCCGCUAG